UGGCCACUGCCUCCCUCCUGCCCCGCGCCCGCAACCGCGCCGCCGCCGGGCCCCAGCCACCAACAGCCCCGCCGCCCAGCCCAACUCCGGCGAAACCCAUGUCCCCGGCGUGCAUCCGAGGCCGCGCGCCACCUUCAGGACACUCUCCAUGGUGGAGAUCCCCUGCCCCACCGCUUGUUCCUCCAUGCACCCUACUUCCUUCCGGGAUCCGUCGCCACCACGCGGCGGCGAACUCCCCCGGCAGGGAUCCACUGGGGACAGCGGCGUCCCGAUCCCCUGCCGGCGGCCUUCCUCCGCGCUGGAGCUGCUCGUCCCCUACCUCCGGACGCUGCCUUGGUCUCCCCCACCUUCGGCAAUAGCUACAAUGUCGGACAUCUCCUAUAGUGGAUCAGGUCAUUGACCACCGCCUGAUGCGGCGUCGGACUAGCGUAUCCACGCUGCUCCUCCACCUCCCGACCAAUGCCCCCGGCCCCUCCUGCUGCUCACCUCCUCCUCGCAUAUGCAUCAACAAAACAUGGCAGCUGCUGCAGUCCACAUCAUUCAACAGUAGCAGGUCAACUCCUCCAAGGUCACACAAGCUCGCCGCCAAAAGCCCACGGUCUAUUGAGCCAGAGAUGGCACUGGACGCUGCCGCGGCCGGUCAUCUGGAUCGGAGCCACCAACCCACGUCCGCACAGAGGGGGCUGGUAGCAGCCCCGUUGAUGGGGAUUGGGCACUAUCUGCAGCUACAAGUGGCAUCGACCUGCAGCUGCAGGGAGCAUCGACUUGCAGCUGGAGGAGGUGUCGACCUAAAGCUCGCCACCCACGGCACUAUGACCUACUGCCACAACGGUCCACCACCUACAGCCGGCGCCCCAGCGCCUCGGCCGUUCAACUAUGCCACCUCAGGCCGUUCAACUAUGCCCCCCGCCAUCGUCGACUCCAUUUGCUUCCUUCCGCUCUACGCGGCCAGCUCCAUGAGCUACUCGCCUCUACUCUGUUUAGAAGAGCGUCGUGAGCUCGUCCAACUAUGGCUGCUUCUCUGCUGUGUCAUGCCGUUAAAUAAUGCCAUGCAAUCAUCAGGUGAAAACCUGCAGGUGACAACUCCUGUUGUGGCCAUUUCUGCUCGGGCAGAUCCCACUCCUGUUGAGAAUAGCAGCACACAAAAGGCUCAAGUUGUCGAUUAGAUGGCAAUCAGUGAACAGUUUGGUUUCUUCUCUUCUACAAAGAGUUUUUUUUCCUCCAUCAAUACCGGUGGCCGCUCUAACUUUGUGAAGCUAGAGAAACAAGAAGACACAUGGGAAAAGGGUUAUGAGCUGAAGGCGCAUUAACUUGGCUUGCCCACGGCGGUGUCUGAUACAAUAGUCUGUUAAUUUUCUGAUCGAGUUGAGCAGAGCAAUUAAAGACCAAUUAAUACCAUGCUGUAAAUUUGUUGCACAAACAAACUAAUGAACCAACAACAAAAUUAUAACUUGGGCAUAUGAAACAACCAAAGGCUCCAGCCAAGUAUCAUCACAGUCCAUCCAA